UAAUUUCAUCUAAUCUAAUCCAUCCUAACAAAUAUGUCCUAAAUGGACAAUGAUCUCUAAUAGCGUUUCAAAGUUGUUUUCAUUCAUCUCAAAUAUGUCCUGUCUUUACCUUUUGGCAGAGCUAAUGCUUUUUGGACUUGUGUCAUUGGUAAUGGGUCAUUGGAUCAAUCAAGUGAAAGCGUUGUUACAUAAUUUUCCCUCUUGUUGGCUGCAGCCAGGAAUGGUAACAACUGAUCUUCUGUUGUCUGGAGCUUCUACAAAGCAGGCCAAGUUUUUCAUUAAUGUUUUGGCACAACCGGCAGAAGUGGUAGCAGAGUACCUCGUCCCAAACAUCAGAUCUGUCCCUGCCAAUGGAUUGAGCAAGCCCACUUACAUUCAAUUCCUUACUGGCUUGAAAGUAUACUCUCAGAUAUUCUCAGUUAAGUGGAAAAAAAAAAUGAAAAGAAAUUUUGAUUCUUGGUUUUCUAUAUUUAAAUUGUGGUUAUUAAUCGUUUUGUUUUUUGGCUCUUCACUUUUGGGACCUAAUGGUUUUGCUUGUGCAGGAAACGAUUUGAAGAAAGUUUCAAUCUCGACCAACGACGCCGUUCUUUCGGAGAUAAAAGUUGUGUUGAAAUACUUCGGCCAUCCAAGCCGCCAGAAACAAGGGAGAGCGGCCCGUAUUCUGCUUCAAUACGAACCGACGUACACGACUUUCUCAACAGCAGAAAAUAUCCUGAUUCCAAGGGGCGAGGAGUUUCCAACGGCUCUUAUUUUGACCAACUUCAGAAACUUGCGCCAAAUCGGCGUCGAAAGAUCCGACUCGAAGCGUGCAGAAGUUGAGGUCGCUGAAGAAUCUGGCUAG